AUGGAGCAACGGCAAAGCCCGUACGGGCUACUCCACGUGAGCAACUGUCCCAACUCCAUCGAAACGCCAUCGCUUCUCCUCUCCACACGCAAAGGCCUCCCGCUCUUUAUCUCGCCUGACCUCCUUCCCUCUCUUCCUUCUCCUGAUUCUCAUCUUUUGCAGUUUAGCCCCCUUCAUUUCUUGGAAGGUCCUUCCCCAAAAACAAUAUCAACUAUUGGAGGACUCCACCAGAUGCUUGGUUUGCAUGAAUAUGGAUAUGCAGCUGUGCCAAGGGAUUCUAUUCAAUGCCUUCCAGAAUGUAGUAGCACUAAUAAAAUGGGAGCAUCUUUUGAGACACCUUGCGGUCGUAGUUUGAUUAAACCUGUAGAGUACAUAGAAAUGAUUUCUUCCAUGAGGCCAAACUUAUGGACCACUUUGGCUGAUGAAGUACCUGCAUGGGUAUCUGAUAAGAGGAAUAAAACAUCAGUGGACAGAACUGUGAAAUGGCUUGAUGAAUGCAUUGCAAAGAGUCCGGCAGGUGGAGCUGUUUUUGGGUCCAUUGUUGGUGGGUCCAAUAUUGAAGAACGGCAGCGAUGUGCCCAAGAGGUGGCCGUGAGAAAUGUCUCAGGUUAUUGGAUUGGAGGCUUUGGGCUUGGAGAGAGCAUGGAUGAGCGUCCUCCUCUCCUAAAUACUGUCACUGAUAAAUUACCAGAGGGAAGGCCACGCCUUAUUUCUGGCCUUGGACUACCAGAGGAGAUAUUGCAGGGUGUUGCCGCCGGAGUGGACCUUUUUGACUCUGUUUAUAUAUACCAUCUUACAUUAGGAGGCUUUGCACUUAUCUUCCCACUGAAUAUAAUGGAGAAAAAUCUGUAUGAUUUUCAGUCAACUGAUCAAGGAAGUGACGGGACAAAGAUUAAUCUAAAGGCAACAUUGUACAGGAAAGAUACAACUCCGAUUGUAGAAGGUUGCAGCUGCUAUACGUGUAAGAAUCAUACAAAAGCCUACAUCAAUCAUCUUCUCAAUGUGCAUGAAAUGUUGGCGCAGAUUCUACUAGAAAUACAUAAUACUCAUCACUAUCUGGGCUUUUUCCGUUCAAUAAGGGAAGCGAUAAAGGAAGGCAAAUUCGAACAAUUCCAAAAGACGUUUGUUCGAAGUAGGCGUGAUCAUCUUGCUGCGAGUGUUGCAAGUGUAUGAUUAUUCCUUCAAAUACGGCAAUGGUUUCAAAUAUAGCAUUUUUGUUAUCUGAGAGCCAAAGCGCAGAGAUUAGUCCCCCAGUCAAUUUGUUUUUUAAUUUUGACAAUUUAUGUACUUUUAACCUAUAGAUUACUCGUACCGUCGCGCAUUGCCAUUUAUUCUAACACAAUUUUGAGAAAAUAUGAUUGUUGGACUUCGAAAUUUAACAAAUUUAGGUUAAAAUAUAUUUUUGGUCAUUUAGGUUUUACUAGGGUCAU